UGAAGACCAACGUGACUGAAGCACUCUGAGCAAUUCCAGGUGCCAAAAUGGUCAAAUCCGGAAAACUUCGAUCCGGAGCUGCUCAGAAAUUAAAGCGCUGGAAGAAAGGACACAGUAGUGAAUCAAAUCCAGAGACGAGCCGUUAUCGAAAGGCUGCGAGGAGCCGGUUUUUUAGCCGUCCUACAGAGAAGAGUGAUCUGACAGUAGAUGCCCUGAAACUUCAUAAUGAGCUUCAGACUGGGUCUCUGGAGAGGAGCAGUAAUGUUGCAGGAGAUGCCAUGGAGGAGCAGGCGUUCACAGAGAGAACAUCAGGAACUUUUCUCAGUGGACUGUCGGACUGCUCCAACCUUACUUUCAGGAAAGUACAGCGCUACUGGGAGUCAAACUCUGCGGCACAUAAGGAGAUCUGUGCUGUAUUGGCAGCCGUCACAGAAGUGAUUCGCUCUCAGGGAGGAAAGGAAACGGAGACAGAAUACUUUGCGGCCUUGAUGACGACUCUUGAGGCUGUAGACAGCAGCGAAUCACUAGCAGCUGUUGCUUAUCUCCUCAAUCUAGUCAUGAAGCGGGUUCCUGCUGCAGUGCUUAAGAACAAGUUCUCAGAUACAGCCAAGGCCUUCAUGGAUGUGAUGUCAAACCAAUCCAGUUCUGACUCUGUGUCCUAUCUGAGAUGGAUAUUAUCCUGUCUGGCUACCUUGCUGCGGAAACAGGAUAUCUCAGUGUGGAGUUACCCGUCCACACUACAGGUCUACCACGGCCUCCUUAGUUUCACUGUGCACUCCAAACCAAAGAUACGAAAAGCAGCACAGCAGGGUGUUUGCUCCAUCCUUCGUGGCAGUGACUUCAUGUUCUCAGAUAACGCCCCGAGCCACCACCCAGCAGCAGUCACCACAGCCAAAUUCUGCUGCAAAGAAAUGGAGCAAUCAGGAGGCAACAAGGAAGACACUACCACUCUCCACAUGCUUGGUCUACUGAAGGACCUUCUAUCUGCGUUUCCCCUCAGCUCUGUCAAGUCUUGCUGUGAGACCCUCCUGCGUGUGAUGACCCUGAGCCAUGUGCUGGUGACUGCAGGUGCAAUGCAGGCUUUCCACCAACUCUUCAGUGGCAAACACAGUCCUUCCAGUAUGUCCGCAGAACUCAAUGCCCAGAUCAUCACAGCUUUGUACGACUAUGUUCCUAGUGAAAAUGAUCUACAGCCUUUAUUAGCAUGGCUAGCUGUCAUGGAAAAAGCCCACAUUCAUUUGUCCAGUUUACAGAGCUCUCUGUGUCUUGGUCAUCUUCCUCGCUUCUUCUCCAUCACCAUGUCGUGUCUCCUGUCCCCGCACACACAAGUCGUCUCUGCUGCAAUGCUGACGCUGAAGAGUCUGAUAAAUGAAUGUGUGGCUGCUCAUAUGGCUGAGAUCAGGACAGUUCUACCAAACACAUCCACUGGAAAUGGGGCCUACAUCCUUAAGAUGUUUCAUACUGUGGAGGAAGGAUUAUCCUAUCGGUUUCAUGCCUCUUGGCCGUUUGUGCUACAAAUCCUGGGCUGCUUCUACCGAGCUGCAGGAAAACAGGCUCAUACUAUUAUGACAAAGAGUCUGCAGUCUCUCUGUGACAUGCGGACCACCCCUCGUUUCCCCUUCUCAGGGGAGCUGGAUCUGGCUGUGGGCGGUGCAGUGGAGAGCAUGGGCCCAGAGGUGGUCCUGAAUGCUAUCCCGCUCCUCAUUACUGGAACAGACGAUGACCUUGAGUUCCCGCGCAGCUGGCUGAUCCCAGUCAUUAGAGAUCAUGUAAAAAAUACUCAGCUGGCUUAUUUCACCUCAUACUUUUUCCCCUUGGCAACCAAACUUAAACAGAAAGCUGAAGAACUGGAGCAAUCAGGGCAAAAACUUAUGGUGAAAGUGUAUCAGACACUGCAGCUCCAGAUUUGGACCAUGUUACCUGGUUUCUGCACUAAACCAACAGAUCUGGUGGCAUCUUUUAAGGGCAUUGCCCGGUCUUUGGGUAUGGCUCUCAGCGAACGUCCUGAUCUCCGCCUCUGCAUCUGUCAGGCCCUACGCACUCUCAUCAAGAGCUGUGAAACAGAGGAAGAGAAGGCUGAAAUGAAUCGAUUUUCCAAAAACUUCCUUCCCAUCCUGUUUAACAUUUACAGCCAGCAGCCAACACCUGGAGAGGUGACCUGUGCUAGGAUGGCUGUCCUGGACACAAUCAGAGUUUACUUGACUGUCACAGAUCAGAAGAUGGUGUGCACAUUCCUGCAGAAAGCAUCUGAAAGGCUCAGCAGUGCAGACAGCUCUGAGUUUACAAGGCUUGCAGUUAUGGAUCUGAUAGUUGCAAUGGCUCCAUUUGUGGAUGAAGCAUCUAUGACCCAAACCUUUGAACUGAUUAAACCUUUUCUGGAGAGCAAGUACUCUGGCGUCCAGAAGAAGGCCUACAGAGUGUUGGAGGAGAUGUGUGGAGGAGAGAGCGAACCAUGUAAGACUUUUGUUCUGGGUAAUUUUAAGCAGCUGAAGGGAACUCUGCUGGACAGUCUGAAGACUGCGGCUUCACCUGCCAAACGGCCCAGACUGAAGUGUCUGAUGCACAUAGUGAAGCAGUUAAAUGAAGAACACCUGGAUUUUAUUUCGGCUCUGCUUCCUGAGGUCAUCGUUUGCACAAAGGAAAUGUCCAUUGGGGCCCGCAAAAAUGCCUACUUGCUCCUGGUUGAGAUCGGCAAUGCUUUUGUAAGGUUUUGUGGGAACCAGAAAGAUGCUAUAUAUGAGUAUUUGAGCCACGUGUACAUUGGACUCACUGGAUCUGUGACCAUGAUUACUUGCACAGUGCUGGCCUUAACAAGACUGGUGUAUCAUUACAAAGAUUCCAUAGAUGUCUCCUCACUAGAGCAGCUCUUGCAUAACGUCUGCCUGCUGCUCACCAGCAGAACACGAGAUAUCGUCAAAGCCUCUCUGGGGUUCCUGAAAGUCCUUCUCUUUGCACUGGAUAUGAAGGUUUUGGCCAGCCAUGUGACAGUCAUUAUGGAAGGCAUCAGUAAUAUGAAAGAUGACAUGCGGAGACAUUUUAGGAUGAAACUUAAGAGUAUAUACACCAAAUUAAUUAGGAAAUUUGGGUUUGAGCUGGUGAAAAGCAUGCUGCCUGCUGAGCACCACAAGGUACUGGUGAACAUCCGUAAAGUGGAGGCCAGAAGUAAGAGACGCAAGCUCCUGAGUAAAACAGAUGAGGACAGAGGAUCAGACACUGAGGACGAGACGUCUAAUGUGAAAGGAGAGAGUAUUGAGGACAUUCUGGCUGAUUCUGACUCUGAUGACACUGAUGAAGAUGAGAAAUCCAAGAAGGGUCAGAAAAAGCCAGUAAAAAAGAAGGGUCUGGCCUGGUUGAAGGAUGGUGUGUCUGACGAUCCUCUCAACUUCCUUGAUCCAAAAGCAGCACAACGAGUUCUAGCCACCAAUCCUGACUUGAAGAAGGCACCCAAAGUUGAGCAUGGGUUCAAGGUGACGUCAGAUGGACGAUUGAUCAUCAAAGAAGAUGAUGAUGAUGAUGAGCAGGUUGAAAAAACUAAAGACACAGAAAUGGAUGAUAUACUCGAAGAGGCUGGAAUCAAAACAAAGAAGAAUCCAAAAAGGAAAAUGCAUGACGAUCUGGAUGAUGACAUGGACGUUGAGCCCGUAAUGAAAUAUAAAGCUGGUGGCAUUGGCAUCCACAGGCCUCUGGGUGGAAGGGGAGAAUUUGGUUCGGAGUAUAAAGCCAAGAAAGGAAAAGGUGACGUGAAGAAGAAAGGCAAGUGUGACCCAUAUGCUUACAUUCCUCUGAAGAAAGCCCAGCUCAACCGCAGGAAAAAGGCUAAACUGCAGGGUCAGUUCAAAGGCAUGGUCAGAGGAGCCAAGAAAGGAGCGCUAUCAGGCAAGAGAAUGCUGCAGAAGAAGAGGAAAGCUUAAGACAUGUUUGUACGCUGGAAGAAAAUUGACCUUAUCAGCUACAGGAAAUUAUGUUCUUGUUACAUUCUUCUUAUAUCUGCUCUCAUUUCUUAUAGCAUGAUGGAAUUAAAUCUAAACACAAUAUUUUUAUUAUCCUGUACUAAUGCUUGAUAAGAACUUCCUAUGGAAGAGUCUCUACAAAAAGAUUUUUUCCAAGUGUUCCUUUUCAAUGUUUGCUGUGGUUGGAUAGUAAGAAAAUGGCAGUAUGACAAUAGCUUUGUGCAAAAUGUAUUUAUGUACUUGCAUUGAUGGACAGAAAAUAAACCGAUGUGUGAUGUAUUUCGAGUGAAGUUUCAUUUUCCUGUUUUUUAUUUCAUUUUUUUGUUGGUUUUUGUAACACAAAAAGAGCUAGGCAGUAUGUUGUUCUCAAUCGCCAUUUGUUUUCAUUGAAUACUUUCCCAUAUAGUUAAAGUGAAUGGUCUCCUUUUGUGUUUCACGAAAGAAAUGGUUUUGACAACAUGAAGGCGAGUAAAUGGUGAUUAUUUAAAUUUUCUAGUGUUCUUUCCCUUUAACGCAUAUCUUUAUAAAUGAAAUUCCCCUUGUGCUCAACAAAAUGUAAUUUAAAUCUCAUAAAUAUUGUUGAUUGAUUGUGCACCAGAUUUUGAGCAGAGGAUGUUGUUGGUGUUAAUGUGGAUCCCCCAGCUGUGUGUGUGUGUGUGUGUUUGUGUGUGUGUGUGUGUGUGAAUGAGAGGGAGGGCUGGGGUCUGCUGGAGGUCAGAUGUGUCCUCUUACUCCAUUAAGCUCGACUGGAUUUUUCCGAUGGUCCCAGUGAGAGAACAUUUAUACUGUCACCGCUUAUGCUGACGUCUACUAGCUUGGACACCACAGCUGACUUUGAGAGCCAUCUUUCAAUUACAAUAUUUAACAAUGCUGCAUUAUUAAAGCAAUAGUCAUGGAAAAAUGAAAAUUCUGUCUGCAUUUACUCAUCCUCAUGUUGUUCCAAAUCUGCAUGACCUUGCAUCUGUAGAACACAAAAGGGGAUGUGAGGCAGAAUGUAAGGGGACUUACAGCCACCAUCACUUCACUUAUUGCAUCUUUUUCUUAUACUUUGAAAAAUGAAUGUUGGCCAGAACUUUUCAAGGACCAAAAAGCAUAUAAAGGCAUCAUAAAAGUUUUCUGUACGAUACCAGUUGUAAAAUCCAUAUCUUCAGAAGUGAUAUGAUCAGUGUGAGUGAGAAAAAGAACAAUAUUUAAGUCUUUAAAUAUUUUAGUAUAAGUCUCCACUUUAACAUUCUUGUUUUUUUUUUGUGAUUUGCAUAUCACCACCUACUGGGCAGGGAAGAGAGUUUAUGGUAAAAAAGGACUUUGAUAUUUAAGUCAGGUUUACCAUUUUUGAUGCUCCAAGCAACUGUCCAAGCUGGGGCUCCAUUUUGAAAAUGUUUACUUAAAGUACAUUUAUUUUAAAUCAUAAUUUUAAAUGUAUCUUAUCAACCAUUGUA